AUGAGGAGUAUAUCUUUGAGCUUAGCAGUGUUGCUGCAUUUAUUUGUGAAACUUUGUUUGUUGUGUGAGAUUGUAGUCUCUGAUAACUACUCUUUUGCUUCUUCUUAUAAGCAGCCAUCUUGCCACGACGAUGAGAAGUCCGCAUUGUUGCAGUUCAAGAAGAGCUUUAUCAUUGACAAAUAUUCUUCUUCUGAUGAAGGUGCUUACCCCAAGGUUUUGCAGUGGAAUAAAAAUGCCAGCAACUGCUGCAUGUGGGAUGGAGUCCGAUGCGAUAAGGAAACAAGUCAUGUGAUUGAGCUUGAUGUUAGCAGUAGCUGUCUUUUUGGUUCUAUCAACUUCAACAGCACGCUUUUUAACCUCCUCCAUCUUCGGAGGUUGAACCUUGCCGACAACGAUUUCAAUUACUCUCAAAUUCCUUCUGCUCUCAAAAAGUUUCCAAGUCUAAAUUAUCUCAAUCUCUCUCAAUCUCGUUUCUUUGGUCAAGUUCCCAUAGAAAUUUCAUACCUGUCAAAUUUAGCAGCUCUUGACUUGUCUCUCAAUUUCUAUGGAGAUAGUGAAGUAAGGUUUUUGAAACUAAGAAAUCCCGUUUUAUCUAACCUAACCAAUUUGGAAUUUCUUCAUCUUGGUUCGGUUGAUAUGUCAUCUGCAGUACCUAUUUUCCUAAAAAAUUUCUCUUCGUUGGUUUCAUUAGAUUUAGAAAAUUGUGACUUGUAUGGUGAAUUUCCUGCAGAAAUUUUUCAGCUGCCAAAUUUACAAGCUCUUAUUGUAAGUGCCAAUGAAAAUCUCACUGGAUAUUUGCCUGAAUUCCACCAAAAUAAUCCUCUUAAACAUUUGCAACUUGAGGAUACAAGGUUUUCUGGUAGUCUACCUUCUUCAAUCGAAAAUCUCCACUCGCUGGAGUAUUUCAGUGUUCAGAGGUGCCAUUUUUCAGGACCUAUUCCAUCUUCGCUGGGUAAGCUCACCAAGCUGACCAUACUAGAUCUUAGACGAAAUAGUUUAAUUGGUCAUAUUCCGUCUUCUCUUCAAAAUCUUACCCGUCUUAUAUAUUUGGCACUUGACAAUCAGAAAAGCGAUCCAAUUCUAUCUUGGAUCGGAAAUCUUACCCAGCUAGUUGUGCUUUCUCUACAUCAAAAUGAAUUUCAUGGCACGAUUCCUCAAUCCUUAUCCAAACUCACGAAUCUUAAAUUACUUUCAUUAGCUGCAGAUAAUUUAGGACAUGGGAUGGUAAAAUUUGACGUGUUUUUGAAAAUGAAAAGUCUAAGUGCGCUUAUAUUAUUGAAUAUUAACUUGUCGUUUCAAUUUGAGAAAGGAAACAUGAACGCAUCAUUGCCAAAGUUCAAGGCUCUAAUCAUGUCUUCUUGCAACUUAAUUGAGUUCCCCAAUUUCCUUGGGAAUCGAAGUAAACUAAAGGCAUUGUCACUGGCGGGAAACAUGCUACGAGGGCCACUUCCAAUUCCUCCACCAUCGAUCAAAGAAUUCGAUGCCUCAGACAACAUGCUCAGUGGAGAAAUUCCGCCGCAUUAUUGCAAUCUGACUUCUCUUAAUUACCUUCGUUUGUGUGGGAACAACUUGAGCGGUGAAAUUCCAGCAUGUUUAGUAAAUCCUUCACAUUCCAUGUCGGUAAUUCGUUUGGGAAGAAACUCUUUUCACGGCAUUAUCCCUGAAAUGUGCAAAAAUGGAGGAAAUUUGGAAAUGCUUGAUCUCAGUGAUAAUAAGCUGCAAGGACUGUUACCACGCUCAUUAUCCAAUUGUAAGAAAUUUCAAGGUCUUAUUGUCUCAAAGAAUCAAUUGAUUGAUGUUUUUCCAUCUUGGUUGGGUGCCCUUCCAUAUUUAAGAUUUCUGGUAUUGAGCCAUAAUGGGUUCUACGGUGCAAUUGGGAAGGUUGAAAAGGAUUUGGAGUUUACAAAGUUGCAAGUGAUGGAUCUAUCUUUCAACAAUUUCGUAGGUGAGUUGCCAUCUGAAUACAUCUCCAGUUUGAAUUCCAUGAAACAUAUUGACAUGGUCAGUAAAUUUGCUCCAUACAUGAAUUUUGAGGUGACUUUUCAUGUGACUAAAGAUUUUAGAGUCUCCUUCACUAUUGUGUAUGAGGUUAAAGUAACAUUCAAAGGGAGAGAAACAUAUAGAGUCAUCCAAAAUAACUUUGCUCUUAUCGAUCUCUCAAGCAACAAAUUUGAAGGAGAGAUUCCUGAAUUGGUUGGGAACCUAACCUCUCUUUGUUCACUCAACCUUUCCAACAACAUGCUCACAGGAAACAUCCCAACAUCUUUGGGAAACUUAAAAGAGCUUGAAUCCUUAGACCUUUCUAAUAACAAUCUCUCAGGGAAGAUUCCUCAACAGAUGAACGAACUUACAUUCCUUGCAUACCUCAAUGUCUCUCACAACAAUCUCAUCGGGCCUAUUCCGCAAGGAACCCAAUUUAGUACCUUUGGAAGUAAUUCAUUUGAAGGAAAUCUAGGAUUGUGUGGCAAGCCUUUACUUAACAAAUGUGGAAAUUUGCCAGCCUUGCCACCAUCACAUGCCCAAGAAUUAGAGUCCCCAAUUGAAUUAGAUCGAAAAUUUGUGUGGGUGGGAAUUUUAAGUGGACUGGUUGUUGGAGGCAUUCUUGGUGACACAGUGACAAGAAGGAAUCGAGCAUGGACAAGGUUGGUGGAGAAAUUUAGAUGGAUGCUACAAGAAAGGUUCUAG